AUGGCUGACGUGGCAGAAAGCGAGCGGAGGAUCCUCGUGGCCGUCGAUGAAGGAGAGGAGAGCAUGCAUGCUCUCUCUUGGUGCCUCAAGAACGUUGUUUCUCAGAAUUCCAAAGAUACCCUUAUCCUACUCUACGCCAAGCCUCCGAGAGCAGUGUACACGGCUCUAGAUGGCACAGGUAGGAGAGAGGAUCCAUCAGGGUAUUUGUUUUCCUCGGAUAUUUUGGCGGCGAUGGAGAAGUACGGCGCUGAGGUGGCGGCCUGCGUGCUCGAGAAGGCCAAGAAGAUGUGCAAAGACCUUCAGCAGGAUGUUAAGGUGGAGGCGCGAGUAGAGAAUGGUGAUCCGAGGGAUGUGAUUUGCCAGAUGGCCGAGCAGCUUGGUGCUGACGUGUUGGUCAUGGGAAGCCAUGGCUAUGGUCUCAUCAAAAGGGCAUUCCUCGGGAGUGUGAGCAACCACUGUGCGCAGAAUGUGAAGUGUCCUGUGUUGAUUGUGAAGAAGCCAAAAACAAAUGCUGGCACCAAAUGA